UUUUCAAUCAUGGCUUCAUACAACUAUUCGUACAUUUUCAAGUACAUUAUCAUUGGCGACAUGGGCGUCGGCAAGUCCUGCCUGCUCCACCAGUUCACCGAGAAGAAGUUCUUGCCCGACUGCCCACACACGAUCGGCGUCGAGUUUGGCACUCGCAUCAUUGAGGUCAACGGCCAAAAAAUCAAGCUCCAGAUUUGGGACACUGCUGGCCAGGAGCGCUUCCGUGCCGUCACCCGAUCAUACUACCGCGGCGCUGCUGGUGCCCUGAUGGUCUAUGAUGUCACACGGCGCAGCACAUACAACCACCUCAGCAGCUGGCUGACCGAUGCUCGCAACCUGACCAACCCGAACACGACCAUUUUCCUGAUUGGCAACAAGUCCGACCUCGAGUCCCAACGCGACGUCACGUACGAGGAGGCCAAGAAGUUUGCCGACGACAACGGCCUGACUUUCUUGGAGGCCAGUGCAAAGACUGGCGCCAACGUCGAAGAGUCUUUCAUCGAGACCGCCAAAACCAUCUUCCAAAAUAUCCAAAACGGCUCGCUCGACUUGAACGCUGCCGAGUCUGGUGUUCAACAGAAGACCCAACCAGCGCCCGCCGUCGACUUGGGCGACAAGCCUGCAGCUAACUCUGGCUGCGGCUGCUAGUGGAGACGCGUUUUGCUUCGAGAUAUGGGAUUUUUUUUUUUCGUAUGUGUGAUUUUGUGCUGCCUUCCUUUUCGGGGGGCAAUUUUUGAGUCUAUUUGCCCUCUUCUUCUUCUUCUUCUUCUUCUUCUUCUGUUUCUGUGCAUCUCCUUGCGCUUCAGGAUGCCUCGUAUUGUGCGAGCGGGUGCUGCGCCAGCUUGUGUGUACAUGUUUUGGCUUUGUGUUCUUUUUCAAAACAACAAUGAAAUUGAGUUUUUGUUGGCA